AUGGCCAGUUGUAAUGAAAUUCAUCAGCUGCUUCCUGAGGACGUGAUUAUUGAGAUACUCUUAAGGCUGCCCGUGAAAUCUGUGAUUCGGGCCAGAGUCGUAUGCAAAAAUUGGUACACUAUCACCAAAAACCCUAGUUUUGUUACUAAGCACUUCAACCACCCCGCCAACAGUGGCCGUCUUUUUGUUAACCGUUUUGACAAAAUAUCCAAAAAUAUGUUUUCUCAUUGUUCCCUGAUCAAACACUGGCCGGUUCUCCGCCGGAGUAUCAGGAUGUGGUGGUGGAUCUGCCCAACUAUCUUAAUUUGGGUUAGUGCCUGUAAUGGCAUACUGUGUAUUUCCUAUCACUUGCAACGCUUUGCUUUGUGGAAUCCCGCAACAAGAGAAUUUAGGUCCCUCCCCGCUCUCCCUCGUAACUUUCCACCCAAUGUGGCGAGUUUCCGAGAAACUUUCGGUUUUGGUUUUAAUCCCAUUACUAAUGAUUACAAGGUGGUUUGGAUUUGGAACACUAAGGAGGAUGUUGGUGGUCUUCACCAAAUAAGCUAUGGUCCUUAUCAGGCUGCUGUGUACACCCUGUCUACUGAUUCCUGGAGAUAUCUUGAAGUUGCUUUGCAUUAUGCUAGCAUUCGUAACCCUCAGUCUAACACAUGCAUUAAUGGAGUUUAUUACUGGUUUGCAAUAGACAAUGACGAUUCUCGUCUGAUCCUUUCAUUUGACAUGGGCAAUGAGUUGUUUCAUGAGAUACGCGAUAUUCCCAGUUCAAAUGAUGGAUACAUUAACUCUAUUGCUCUGAUUUAUUCUCAUUCUGGUGACAUAUGGGUGACGAUGGAGGAACGGGAUGGUGAUCGUCAUGUGGCCUUAUAUGAUCCAGAGACUCGUGAAAUUAAGCAUAUUGGAUCUCCGAUUUGGGCUGAUUGCUUUGUCUACCGGGAGAGCCUAGUCGCAAUCAAGGGUGGAGAUGGGUUCCUAGAACAGGAUCAGUCGUCUGAUGUAGAUCAAAUUAUUUUAAACUUCUCCAAAAUGGAGUUCAGAUCAAGCUGA